AUGGCUUUCCUCCCUGGAAACUCCUCUGACUGCUCCAACUGCACCCACUCUGUGGGGCCUGUGAACAUUUCAAAGGCCAUUCUACUAGGUGUUAUUUUAGGGAGCCUGAUAGUUUUUGGGGUUUUGGGUAAUAUUCUGGUUAUCCUCUCUGUAGCCUGCCACAGACAUCUUCAGAGUGUUACCCACUAUUACAUAAUUAACCUGGCUGUAGCCGACCUCCUCUUGACUUCCACUGUCCUGCCCUUCUCAGCUACUAUGGAGAUUUUGGGCUACUGGGCCUUUGGGAGAAUCUUCUGCAACAUCUGGGCAGCUGUUGAUGUCCUUUGCUGCACUGCUUCCAUUAUGAGCCUCUGUAUCAUCUCGAUAGACAGGUACAUCGGGGUGAGUUACCCGCUGAGAUACCCAAGUAUAGUGACAGAGAAGAGAGGCCUCCUGGCGUUACUGUGCGUUUGGGCGUUGUCUCUGGUGAUAUCGAUUGGACCUCUUUUUGGCUGGAAGGAACCAGCACCGGAAGACGAGACCAUCUGUCAAAUCACCGAGGAGCCUGGCUACGUGUUAUUCUCUGCUCUAGGUUCCUUCUACCUCCCCCUGACUAUCAUCUUGGUGAUGUAUUGCCGAGUGUAUGUAGUGGCCAAAAGGGAAAACAAAGGCCUGACUUCUGGUCUGAAGACAGAGAGAUCUCGUUCCGAAGAAGUGACCCUACGGAUCCAUCGUAAAAAUGCUCCCGAAGUGAGCGGAUCGGCAUCCAACCCCAAGAGCAAGCAUCAUUUCUCAGUGCGUCUCCUCAAGUUCUCCAGGGAGAAGAAAGCUGCCAAGACCCUGGGAAUAGUUGUGGGGUGCUUCGUUCUGUGCUGGCUUCCAUUUUUUGUCGUAAUGCCUCUUGGUUCGUUCUUUCCUGCAAUCAAACCCCCGGACACACUUUUUAAAAUAACAUUUUGGCUUGGAUAUUUAAACAGCUGCAUCAACCCCAUAAUCUAUCCGUGCUCAAGUCAAGAGUUUAAGAAAGCAUUCCAAAACGUCCUGAGAGCGCAGUGCCUCCCAAGGAAGCAAGCAGCAAAGAAGCAAUCCCCAAGCUUCAACCUCAACCAUCCCACUAGCCAGAGCAUGGAGAGUGGCAAAGGUGUGGUCCGUAUCCCUGUUGGCUCGGGAGAAACCUUCUAUAAGAUUUCCAAGUCGGACGGGGUCUGCGAAUGGAAGAUAUUCUCCGCUGUGCAAAGCAUGCCUGCAAAAAAUGCAGUUUCUAAAGACUGUACUGCUGCCAAAGCGAAAAGUAAAGGUUUCCUCCAGGAAUGCUGCUGUGCAGGCACUUCAGGAAACCUUGUCCAUGAAAAUUGUAAAGUGCCAACCAUCAAAAUACACACCAUCUCCCUCAGUGAAAACGGGGAGGACGUCUAA